AGACGGCAUGCAAGCCGUGAGGAAGGGACGGGCGGUGGGGACGUGCAGGUAUAUAGAAGCAGCAGACUACUGUAGCUCUCACGUCUGUAGGUGAGUUUAGACUCAACUUGCAUGUAAUAAUUAUGCUGAACCGAGGUAAAGACGCAUCGCAUCACCACGCAGGCAGCAGCGUUCACCUCACCUUGAUGAUCUUCUCACUACCGUCGUACAUGUCUGCAGUCACCAGAGUCGAGUGCAUGCCCGGUCAUACUCCGUUUGCGCCACUUGUAGCUCCCAGACACGGGCCCUCAGCACUCGCACUCACGGACCCUUCGCGUGCAUUUGUAAGCUUGCGUCUCAGCUUGCAACCAUCAUAUGAGCGCACUCACAGCACGCUCAGACUUGUAUUGGACAAUCUGUCUCUGUGGCUUGUUCCAAUAAGCAAAGCUCGGCUUUUGCGAGGUCCGCAUUCGCACACCGCACAGCAGCGCUCCGUCAACAUAAACACCAGACAAGCCAUUCAAAUCCCGGCACAAACACAUUGCCUCGCACACACACUGCGACUUGCAGUGGAUGCCCAGGUGUUCGCCACCUCUUUGGCCGCUACUCCAAGCUGCGCUUCAUCGAUCUCCUCAGUGUGCUCGACAGGUUCUUGCGAGUCCGAGCCAUUUAGCAUUUUCUGUGAACCCUACUAAGCCUCUUUGCUUCGAGCUGCGUCGCCAAUCGAAAAGUUCCUACCCUCAACGGAGCCUGCGGACUAU